UUAGACAAAACUCUUCUCGUCCUCGUCGAUAUACUAUCUUUAUUCGCCGAGUCGCGCCGAAGUCCUGCGUGUUUUGUUUUUCGCGCCGACAACCAGGAAGACGACCGCGGUUCUUGCAAUCGUUACAGAUUUCGUUCCCGUUUCGCCGCAGCUACUGUCAAACGACCUGGCGACGACAGAGGUGCUCGUUUAUCCCGAAUGACCGGCGACCACAAAAGACGUCUGUAACGUGCCCGCAACCCCAACACCACCACCGCGGGCCCGGCCUCGAAUUGCCGCCAUGGUAAUACUAUCGACAUGGAGUUUCAUCAGCAUAACAGCGUUCGCAUCGCAGAUAUUCGCCAACACGUUACACGAGCACAUGGACGUGGAUGGCCUGAGGACAUUGUUUCACGUGGAACAUCAUUCGAAAGUGCCCGUUUACGAGGUGAUAAGCCUGCACUCGAUUGUCAAACGGGAUGCGGACGGCGCUCACAAGGUUCGACUGAAGGCGUUUGGAGAACACCACGACUUACAACUAGAGCCUUCCGAUCGGCUUUUCACGGGCGACAAGUUACGUGCCUGGAUGGCACAUCACAACUCCACCACAGAUACAGUACACUAUACCGAACUACCCAACGAUGAACACAUCGGUGUGCCGUAUCAAGAUGUCGAUAAACGAGCGGCGGUCGUCUUACACAACGACCACGAGGACGGAACGAUUCUUAUGGAAGGUACCAUUGGCGAUCAUUUGGUGGUGAAACCCGUGCCGGCCGAGUACAGGAGACACGUACAGUCUGCCACCUCGGACGAUGAGAUGUUCUUGGACCAAGAGCUCCGAGACAGCGAAAACGAAGUGUCCGACCAAGGUUUCCCGCUCAAGUCACAAAAGUUCGUAGCCCAUCACAAGCACGUAGUGUACAGGAGGAAUCCCGAUACCGACCGAACAGCGGGAGAUUACGCGCUAAUGGAACCAGACGCGUUGCCGAGGAGCAGGCGAAAAAGAUCGAUCACCAAACGGGAAGCUCCGUACGCCAUUUACCCGGAAAUAAUGGUCAUCGUCGACUACGACGGUUACAGGUUGCACGGGGGAGACAAUGUACAGAUUAAACGUUACUUUGUGUCCUUCUGGAACGGCGUGGACCUCAGGUACAGGCUGCUCAAGGGUCCAAAAAUACGUAUAAGCAUCGCGGGAAUCAUAAUAUCGCGGGCGAGAGACGCCACGCCGUAUUUGGAGAGGAAUAGAGUCGGUAGAGACGCUAUUGACUCAGCGGCUGCACUCACGGACAUGGGAAAAUACCUGUUCAAAGAACGAAGACUGCCAGUAUACGAUAUUGCCGUAGCCGUUACCAAAUUAGACAUGUGCAGGCGACAAUACCCACACGAUACAUGCAACAGGGGUACCGCAGGAUUUGCGUACGUGGGCGGUGCUUGCGUAGUGAACAAACGUCUCGAGAAAGUCAACAGCGUCGCGAUCAUUGAAGACACCGGUGGCUUUUCGGGCAUCAUCGUAGCGGCGCACGAAGUUGGUCACCUGUUGGGUGCGGUGCACGACGGUUCGCCUCCGCCGACCUACCUGGGCGGACCGGGAGCGGAAAAAUGUCGCUGGGAAGACGGAUACAUCAUGAGCGAUCUGCGGCACACGGAAAAAGGAUUCCGGUGGUCGCCGUGCAGCGUGUCGUCUUUCCAUCACUUCUUAAACGGUGACACGGCCACAUGUCUGUUCAAUUCGCCGCACGAAGACGAGUCACUGCCCAGGAUGUUACCAGGAAAACUGUUGACCCUGGACGCCCAGUGCAGAAAAGACCGAGGGACCAGUGCCUGUUUUAAAGACGAUCGAGUGUGUGCUCAGUUGUUCUGCUUUGACGCGGGUUCGGGCUACUGCGUGGCGUACAGGCCAGCGGCCGAAGGAUCGCCUUGCGGAGACGGACAACAUUGCACCAACGGCAAAUGCAUAACGGAACACGAGAACAUAAUACCGGAUUUUUCGCAAAACACACCGGCUUACCUGCGCCGGUUGGGAGACGAAGGGGAAGCGACUCAAGACUGGCCGCAGUAUUUGACUCCUAACAUCACUACUCAGAGGUCAGUGUGGAAUGACUAUUGGAGAACAACCCAAAAGACUAUUGCCACUACCGCCAAUACUAAUAACAACCUGCACCCCCGACCGCAAAACUUGUACGUUCCGAACCCUUACCAACAACCUCCACAGAUAACCACGACUAACGGAGACGCUAAUGACGCGCGAUUACCGACUUACAAACAACUAUUACAACAACAACAACCACAAAUCAAACAACUACAACUAGGUAACGUCGACAAAAACGAAGACCCGUUGGCCGCGUUGCUUAAAAACAAAUACUACCACUCGGGGCCGCAAGAGUUGAAAACCGUCGAUCGACCGCAGUCGUCGUCCAAGAGUAACGGCGGCGAACCGUACGCUGACGAGUGCGUGGACCGAGCCGGAGCCAUGGACAUGCUGGGAGCCGUGUCCUGUUACGACUACCUGUCUAGGUACGGCAUGGGACACUGUUCGAAUCCGUACAUCCGGGAAAACUGUUGCGCCGCCGUCAAGUACGUGUGCAACGGGGGCGGUACGUCGCGACAACUGCAAUCGCACCAGUUCGGCUGAGUCGCGUCGUCGUCUUCAUCAACGAUUGCUGCCGCGAAAAACACGCGCAACGACACGCCGCUCGACGCUCGGACGCAGUCUGCAGUUUACCCGUUCCCGUCCCACCAGCCAGCCAGCCGACCGGCCAGCCAGCCAGCCCGCCCACACGUACCUAUCGUCAAGUUUUACGAUAUAUAUAUAUAUAUUUAUAUAUAGAGAAAAACAAAACUAAUAACCAUAUACAAUCUCUGUGAGAUCGAUCUAUUAUUAAUAUUAUUAUUAUUAUUAUUAUUUAUGCAUCGUUAUACAUAAUACAUACAUUAUAUUAUAUUCUUUAUGAAAAAAUCAUUUGUUUUUUAAAGAAAAAAAAAAAAAACACUUGUAACUUUAACGCUGUGUCGUGAACACCUACGCCGCGCGCCGACCUAUAGGCGCACAUGGGUACGCGGCGUAUCUAGGUACAUCAUAACCGCUGCAGUUGAAUACAUCGUACACACACACUCACACACAAAUAACACUGGAAUACGAUAUUAUUAUUUAUUGCUACCGUAAUACUAUGUAUAUUGUUUUUUUCUGUUUAAUUUUUAUCAUUAUUUAUUAGCCGUGGCGUGAACCAUAUCGACGACAAAACAAAUCUCCAUGAAAACCACACACACCGUGUCCCCCUCCCCCACAAAACGAUUUACUGAUUCUCGAUCGGGAAAUACUUUUUUGUGAUAAGUCGCUACACAUGAUAUUUUUUAAUUACGCCGUUAUAUGUAUUACGUUCACGUGUUUUGAAAUCUUUUUUUAUCCGAUUCAAAUAAUAUUGUUCCUCGACAACUUUAGGAUAAAACUGGACUGAAAAAGAUUUCGAAACCACGGCAUUCGUGUUGUGAUUCAAAAUUUAUUUUUGUUUAUUUGUAUUUGUAAUUAUUGAUUGGCUAAUUUUCUGCCUAUGAUAUUUUAUUUUUAACUGAUUAAGAUGUUGUUUAGUCUAAGUAUGUUAAGUGACAGAAAUGUACAUAUACAAAAAAUAUAUGAAGAAUAAGUUGAA